AUGACGUCGAUAGGCACGGGUUACGAUUUGCUCAACUCCAUCUUCUCCCCUGAUGGACGAAACUUCCAGGUCGAAUAUGCAGUCAAGGCAGUAGAGAGCGGCGGUACUUCGAUCGGCAUUCGAGCUAAGGACGGUGUCGUCCUAGCUAUUGAAAAGGUCGUCUCAUCCAAGCUCCUAAAACCUGGUGCCAACAAGCGCAUUGCUACAGUCGAUAGCCACGUCGGUGCUGUAUCAUCUGGUAUGGUUCCCGAUGGACGUCACUUCGUCGACCGAGCCCGUGACGAGGCCCAGAGCUGGCGACAGAACUUCAAGACCCCCAUUCCCACAUCCAAUCUUGCCAGCCGCAUGGGUGGCUACCUCCAAGCCUACACCAUGUACGGAUCAGUUCGGCCAUUCGGCAUCACCGCCAUCCUGGGCGGCUACGACACCCCCGAGGAUACCCCAGUCGAUGGCGAGGUGGGAUCAGGACCCAAGGUUGGAGCUGGCGGCAAGGUUAUGGGCAAGCACGGUGGACCCUUCCUUUACAUGAUCGAGCCCAGCGGAAUGUACUGGGGUUACUACGGAGCGGCCACAGGCAAGGGCCGACAGGUCGCCAAGGCUGAGCUCGAGAAGCUCGACUUGCCCGCCGGCAACAUGUCUCUAGAGGAUGCUGUGAAGCAGGCGGCGCGCAUCAUCUACAUUGCGCAGAAGGACAACAAGGACAAGGACUUUGAGCUCGAGAUGACCUGGAUCAGCGGACCUGAUGGUCCUACCAAGGGACGGCAUGUCGAGGUGCCAAAGGAGCUGCGGGAAGAGGCUGAGCGAUUAGCAAAGGCCGAGGAUGAGGAUGACGACGACGACGAUGACGAUGAUGAUGAGGACGCUAAGGACGACGACAAGAUGGAGGAUUAG